AUGCAGCCAUUCUCGAUGCGAAAUGUGAUUUCUGUAAUUUUGCUGGUUUUGGUGUUGGGUGUGAAUGCGAGAAGUUGUAAGUUGGUUUAACUAGAUUCUCAAAUUUUUGGUUGUGAAUUUGCAGUUUGGAACUUUGGGAGUGGAGUAAGUGAUGGUGACGUGUAUUUGGUGGAAGCGAGACAGAGUUAUCCGAUGUAUAGACGAAAUUCAAGAAGUGGAGGUUAUGUCGAUGGAGCGAUGUGAGUUUGGGAUGAUUUUUGGAGGGUUUUAAAGGUUCUGAAUGAGUUUAGAAGUUACUGUAGAUGUUGAAAUGAAGUUACUCUGUUGAAUAACAAUUCUUAAGUGGAAUUCCACAAUAAUUUAAAAUCAGGGUAUUCAAAAACUCCACAGUGACCCAAAAUAUACGGGAGUUUUUCUCUAGAUCACAAAAAAUUAAUUUGAAAGCUCAAAGUGAGAUUCAGAAAAUCUUCUUAAAAAACUUUGACCUGAUGAGUUCACCGAUUAUCACAGAUCCAGAUUUUUAGGAAAUAAAAUUUUGAGUUUUACCAUCCUACAGUUAUUUUCUUUACUAAUUUUCUCGAGAAAAACAUUUUUUGAUGACUUUUCGAACUUUUUAUGACUUGUUUUGGACCAAAACUAUCAUUCUUCUUAUUAAUUAAUUUUCAUUUCAUUUUCAGUAUAGUUUUUUUCCAAAACAAAAAAACAACACAUUUUUUAUUCCGCCACAGAUAUUUGAUACUUUUUCAAGAAAUUCGUCAUUUUUGUUCCUCUGCUAAAAAAUCAGAAAAUCGAAAAACUUGAAGUAAAUAACAAUUAUCUUUAGCAUUAGAAAUCUUUUUGAAAUGUUAUUAUUUUUUGCUCGAUCGAGAGAGAAAAGUGUACUUGAAGACCUUGAAAAAUAAAUUUUUCAUAUUUUGAAAUGAAAUAAAAUAUAAAUAAAGAAAUAAAUAUUCGUAAUACGAAAUAUUUAUUAGUUUUUUGGUGCUAAAACUUUGAAAGUUCAUCAUUUUCUUCAUCAAAAAUUAUUUGAAUGAAUAAUUCAAGAUUUUUUUCAAAAAUCGCAACAUGUUUUUGCAGACACGAAAAACCACGACCAUUGCGAUUCGGAUGA